UGCAAUUAAGUGUGUGCUCGACGGUCUGCAUUGUCAGUCUAGAUUUCUUGUCGAGCUACCCCUCCCAUGCUCCCUGACAAUGUCGAUGUUUUAACGCUCUUCCUACCUCUGCGUCUUGUGAUUGGUUGAAGAUGGGGCUACGCACAACGUGUGUGUGAAAAGCAGCCGGCAUUGGAGUGACCAUCGCGGACACCUUUCCCCACGAGAGACGGUGGCCGCAUUGACCACGUCGGCACCGCGGCCAUCACUUGGACAGCUCUGCCUGUAACGUGAAUUUCCCAAUGGAGGGCGAGUUAGUUGCUGGCGAACUGCUUCGUCUGAAGUGCACGCGAGGCCAGAAGCGCGUCUGUCAGCUGCUGCGACACCUGACAGCCUACAACGAAGUCCUGUGGUACGCGGGUCUUCAGCUCACAGAAGACAAGAGAGACGAGCUCGGAGGAUUGAGCGUCGUGAUUGUGCCGAGCGUUCGGCGCCGAUUACCGAGCCACACCGAGCGGCUGGCCAUAGACCUCCUCUGCCGCCUGAUCGCCGAGCACCGGUGCAUUGUGUCUGCGGAGCUGCACUACUCAGUGGCAAACGCAGGUCCGCUGGACGCAGUCCUGGCGUCUUCGUCGAGUCUGAAAAGGCUCAGAGUCAUCGGAAUCGUGAGAGACGAGCCGGCAAUCCGCAAGGCGUGCGCCGACAGGUUCUGGUCCUCGCACUACACUGGCGAAUUCGCGUGCCAGCAUGUCAGCGGCCAUUACGGUGAGAGAAUGACGAUCCCCAAUUGCCUGCUCAGGCGAGACGGUGCCGCACUCACGUCGUUGGACGUGGCGGCAACGAGAAUGAGCCGCCCCACGGCCGGCAAGCUCAUCGACGCGCUCAUCGAGAACAGCACGAUCACGGAACUCGCCGUCGGAGCCUGCGUCUUUUCGUGUGGCCCCCGGAACCGACCGUCAGAGCGGUUUGUGCAGUAUCUAACCAAGAAAGACGCGACGCUUCGUAAACUCGCUCUGAGUGCGGUCUACUUCGAUACCGCACCCGGGUGGCCCAUCCUCGUGCAGGCCAUCUCCGCAAUGACAACGCUGCACGAGUUCGCGGCUGAGUUUUAUGUCGGAAGCCGAGACUGCGGGCUCUUCACGAGAGUGAUUGCCGAGAGUCGUAGUCUCCGCACGUUGAGCCUGCGAUUCACGGGCUUCGGCGAUGGACUGAUUAAUCAUCACCCACUUGAACGCGCGCGCGCGGUCAAUGCUCGUGCUUGGGCAUCGGCGUUGCAGAGAAACACAGCUCUGGAGCAGCUGGUCCUAGACAUCUUGUGGUCCACAACCGAAGACUGCUGCCUUUUACUGCGAGCACUGACGCGCAACCGCUCAAUCCGGAAACUGACCUUGCACAGUCUUCCCCAUGACGGUGGCCUGCGGGAUGUCUGCGGCACGAUACGGGAGUGCGGACUCGCCCACAGGGUCUGCAUCGGCGACCAUCGCGUUGGAGCUCGAGAUCUUCCGAAGCUUUCGGACUGUCGCGAAGUGACGGCCGUCAUUCUCAGUCACGGAUACCUUCGCGGCAGGACUGACCUCCGAAGCGCCUUGGACGUCUUGGGUACUUGCAGCCACGUCACAUCGCUUAGUGUAUUUCUCGACUUCUACCGCGACAGCGUUUAUGCGUCACUUUUCACAUACAUAAGAAACGCGUCCGCGUUGAAAGCAAUUGAGAUCAGUGCCCGGAUGGAGGACGUCGGCGACGACGAGUCUCUACGUGAUUCUAUGCUUGACUUGUGCGACGCCUUCUCUUCGAACCUCGGCAUCGCCAAGAUCGUGCUGGAGUCAACGGUGCAGUUAGACGAUGAUGUCUACCCGGUGCUCGCCCGUGCCGCUACGAAUCCCCGUCUUUAUGAGCUCUCUUUCAAGGACUUCGGCGAAAUCUUCUGCGUGGCCUUCCUGGGACGUCUAAUGCCCCGUUUGGCCCAGAGGUACAACUUGCUUCGCCUCGAAAUCGACGACUGCGCACCUGCCAACGCCGAGAUGUUCGUUGCCCAAGACAUCGUGCGACGUAACUGCAGUCUCGUCGAACGAGCGACCAGAUUCGUGUUGGGAGACCACGACCCCUACUGCGCGCGGGCCUUCGAGAUCCUCUCCGAGCACCUGGUACUCGUCGACAGUGUUCGAGCCAGGGCGUCGCUAGGAGGAGAGGCCGAAGCUGCGGCCAUGGUCAGUGGCGUCCAGCAGUGUCUGGCCCAUAGCGACGUUCACGAGUACAUGCGCGUGACCGGCGUGGUCAAGAAACGCGUCGAGUGCAAUGCACGGCACGACGGCGGCAUGCAGUUGCACCAAUUGAACUACGACUGCUGGAGUCACAUUCGCCGGUACCUGAAGGUAGCCGACGUAUUGGAACUGUGAAGGGAGUUCGCCAAGUCAUUCUUUGUGUAGCACCUUCGCCGAACGAUCGUUUUGGAGUCUGCUCCCCGAUGACCCCAAUGCUGGCGUUCAGGGAGCCUUCACAGAGCCCCAUAACGAGCGGUCGACAUAGCAUCGUGCUCUAAUUAUGCCUCGAAUGGUUACACUUCCUGAUGCAAUGUGUCGUGCCCUCGCCAGAGUGACUUGUGUGUAGCAAACGGCUCCAAUCGACACUCGCUCCCGCGUUGACUUAUAUCGUAGGCGACAAAUGUGUCCGGAGAUGAGUUUGAGGCGAAGUGUGAUUUCGGGACGUUGAAUGCACGUAGCCAUCGUUUGUUCGAGCCAUCCCGUUUCAUUUUUCGGUAUUCAGUAUCAUCAUAGACAUUUUAGUCUUCUCAUUUGACAGCUUUCUUAGGACUCGAGUUGCAGGCUGUGGCUCGACACCGUGGUUUGUCCUCUACCGUUUGCUCUUGAAGCUUAUUUUCAAUCCGUCCUUCUGAGGAGGGAGAGAGAGAGGGAGCAUUAUUUGCGACGUCUGGUAUAAGUUCACUAUGUACACACCGGGUGCAAGUUGAUAAAGACACCUGCUUUUAAUGUCUUAUCACUAACUUUCAUCUGCCGCAUCGGCGGCCUCCGGACAAGGCGAUAUGUCCAGCUGCAACUAAUGACACAUGGUGAAAGCAAGCCUAUACAAGUUGUAAUAAAGGUUGUUCUUAAAAAUCGCUAAUCUGAGCUUUUGAGUGUUCCCGUAGACUCCUGAUUGGUUGCUUGCCAUCGGCGUCUGUUGAAGAAUCGUUGAGUCUGUUUCCUAAAUGUAAAAUCCCGACAUUGCUGCAAGGCAAUCGCGUCGAGAAACACGCAGCUUUGCAUUUGUACUUAUCCAUCGGGCACGUUUCCUUCGCACAAAUAGUGGUUCGCAUCAUCUUGUGCAGAUUUGUACCAACGUAGGUCUACAGGAUUGCCAGCAUUAUUUCAAACUCGGAUUGGAAAUUACUUGAACACAAUUGACUCUUCUCGAGACAGUCGGAAGCGCGAAGAAUUAACAUGAUCACGUGGAUAAACAAAAACUAAAUCUUCGACAGCAGACGAAACUUGAGGUCAAAGUCGGAGGGCACGUCCAUUGCCGUUGCAAAGUGGCGUGCAUGCCGGUAGGCAAAAUAUUGGACGACAUAACGGAAACUAGUUUUAAUGACGAAACUAUUGACGAUGCGACAGCGAUACUUCGGACAAGUGUCAAUAUUUGCUUGCCACAAAUUUCACACGGUUUCUUUUAUACCUUGGUUAUAACUAUGUUCAAUAAAACCAUCUACAGGCUCAACA